AUGGCCAAGGAUAAGAAGGAUGAAAAGCCAGAUAAAGAAGGAGUUAAGGUGCAGAAGCAGCUGAGUAGUAGUGAAGAAGACGACUCAGUUGAGAGAGCUGAGGUGAAAAAAGAAAAGAAGGAAAAGAAGGAAAAGAAGAGAAGUAGAGAGUCAAAAGAGUUAGAGGAGCUGGAAAUCAACCUGGAUGAUGCUGCUCCUUUGUCCAAGAAACAGAAAAGAAUGGCAAAGAAGGAAAAGUCAUUAGAAGGUAAACCAAAAAAAGAAUCUGAUAAACCAGCCUCAAAGUCAGUUAAUGGCGUUUGGAUCGGUAACCUUACAUUUGACACCACUAGAGAUGAGUUGAGAUCAUUUUUGAUCGCAAACACCGAACAUUUAGAUAUGAAAAUUACCCCUGAAAACAUCACUAGAAUUAAUCUUCCCAAGAAGGGACCCAAAAUUAGAGGCUUUGCAUAUGUGGACUUUGACAAACCAGAAUUGGUCCCAGUUUGUAUAUCACUAUCUGAACAGUCAUUGAACGGCAGAAACCUGCUGAUUAAGGACGCCAAUUCUUUUGAAGGAAGACCUGAAAAAAGUAAGCAACAACAAACUGGUGGAGAUAGUGGAAAGAACAAGAACCCUCCCUCAAGAAUUCUUUUUGUUGGUAACCUAUCUUUCGACACUACUAAGGAGGACUUGGAGGAGCAUUUCCAGCACUGCGGUAAUAUUGUUAAAAUAAGGAUGGCAACGUUUGAGGAUUCAGGGAAAUGUAAAGGAUUUGCAUUUAUUGAUUUUCUAGAUGUGGAAGGAGCAACCAAUGCUCUGAAUGAUAAACUAUGCAAGCGAAUGGUUGGAAGGCCGUUGAGAAUGGAAUAUGGUGAAGACAGGUCUAAGAGAAGCCCAGCGUUCAGGAAACCGGUUGAAGAGGGAGAGAUUGAUGAUUCUGGAAAUGUUAUCGGCUCUGCCAUCGAAAAGCCCAAAAAGAAGACCUUUUCAGACUUUGACGACCCUGAAGAACAGAACCACCAAAGGUCCGCACCUCAAAAAUCAUUUGCAUCCAAGCCAAGAUACAAUACCAAUGAGCCCCAGGGAAGAGUCAAAUCUUCAGUAGUUCUUGCCAACGCCCCCCGUCAAAGUGCUGCAAUCGUUCCGUCUCAAGGAAAGAAGGUCAAAUUUGACUAA